CAACAACAACAACAACAACAACAACAACACAUCCCAAUCCAGCGGAGGACUGGAUCCGAACCGCAAACGCCGCGGGAACCUCCCGAAAUCCGUGACCUCCGUUCUGAAAUCCUGGCUGGUCCAGAACGCGAUCCACCCAUAUCCGACCGAGGAAGAAAAGAUGCGCCUGUCGAAUGCAACUCAGCUCUCGAUGAACCAGAUCAGUAACUGGUUUAUCAAUGCCCGACGACGGAUUCUGCAACCGAUCCUGGUCGAAGCCGCCGCCGCCGCUGUCGCGGGCACGGAUGCGCCCGUUGAGAAUGUGUUGAUCGUGAGGAAGGGUAAAGGAUCGAGGAUGCAGGUCGAGAUGGAGGCGGUCUCGACAGCCUCGAGCUUGACCGCUGCUGGUUCAGGCGCGGGCGCUAACGUGAACGUGAACGCGAACACGGCCGCGAAUGCGAAUGCGAAUUCAAACGCCGGCAGUUCCAAUAUGGGUGGAGUUCAUAUCAGCAACGCGACGACAAUGACAACAACCUCAUAGACAUCACAAUGUCGUAUCCUGCAGCAUCGCUCUUUCUUGCACACUCAUAUACACUUGCUUUCAGAGAGGUCCAUGUAUCGGGAAUAACUUGUUAUCCCAGAUCGCGUCUCGUAUCGCUCCCCUAGCAAAUAAUCAUCAUCAUCAUCAUCAUCAUCAUCAUCAUCAUCAUCAUCAUCAUCAUCAUCAUCAACAUCAU